UCGCGCCACAUUGCUGCCCCUUCCCCCAUAGCAUCUCUUCUCAGGCUUGCUCUGUCGCCCAGGAGAUUCACCAUGGAAAACGGUGAGACGUUCCACUGCAACGACAGCGGCGACGGCGGCGGUGGAAGCAACGUGGUGGAGAUAUAUCCCUUGAGUCGUUACUUCUUCGGUUCUAAAGACGCCAUCCCUGACAAGGACGACUGCCUGGCCGACCGAAUCCAGCGGAUGAAAGCUAAUUACGCGGCUCGUGGGAUGAGGACUUGCGUCCACGGGAUCCUUCUGGUCGAAUUGUUUCAACACCCUCAUGUGCUAUUACUGCAAGUGAGAAACUCUUUCUUUAAGCUACCAGGAGGUCGUCUUCGAUCUGGUGAAUCAGAUGUUGAAGGUCUAAAACGCAAGCUAUCAAGAAAGCUCUCCAGUGAAGAAAAUGGCACGAAUGAUGACUGGCAGAUAGACGAGCUUAUCGGGAUGUGGUGGAGGUCAGACUUUGAAACGUUACGGUUCCCAUAUUUGCCUCCUAAUUUGCGUCGACCGAAGGUGUGCACCAUCUCAUGUUGCUCUGUUGUAUAUAAACCAUGUUUAUUACUUUUGUUUUGUGGUUCUUUCCCUCUACAGGAAUGCACAAAGCUUUUCCUGGUUAAGCUGCCAAUGACACGGCAUUUUAUCGUACCAAGAAACCUGAAGCUGCUUGCCGUCCCGUUGUGCCAAUUACAUGACAAUAGCGAGACAUAUGGCCCGAUUAUAUCUGGUAUACCACAAUUACUGUCAAAGUUCUCCUUCAACAUCAUCCAAGAUUGAACGGGACUUUACACUGUUGCUCCUCGGAUUGGAUAUAUAGACAUUGGAACAAACCUCUCAUUAUAGGAGACAAUCAACACUGGCCUACCAGCAAACGACUUCUAUCAUGUAUAGUGGCGUGGGAAAUUUGUAGCUGAAGUCAAUUAGCAUACUGCGAAUGUACGUAUAGUAUUUUAUGGUGCAGAGUCUGUACAAAGUGGUUUCAAGGUAUCUUGAAUUUUUCUUGCACAUAGUUGGAAGCA